AUGUCCACCGGUCUUGAUGGAUGCAAUCAUAUAAAGUGGUACCGUACCUCUUUUUUCUUGGGUGCUGUUGUUGUUGUUGUUGUUGUUGUUGUUGUUGUUGUUACAAACUUUGAACAAAGGAGAGAAUUGAAUGGAGAAGAUGAUUCAGUGAUUUAG